AUGCCGGCUCUGCCAGCACUGCUGCUGUCAAUACACUUCCUCUCCUUCCUGCUAGUCACCAUGCCGUCACGCUCCCUCAGUCAAGCCCCCUUGCUCUCCUCCGUCCGCAUGGCGGCAAUUCUGGAUGACCAGUCUGUAUGUGGGCGUGGGGAGCGGCUGGCGCUGGCCCUGGCCAGGGAGAACAUCAACAGCGUGAUGGAGGGUCCUGCCCGAGCCCGAGUGGAGGUGGACAUAUACGAGCUGCAGAAAGACUCCCAGUACGACACUACCGACACCAUGUGUCAGAUUCUACCCAAAGGCGUCGUCUCUGUGAUAGGUCCCGCCUCCAGCCCCGCCUCUGGCUCUACUGUCAGUCAUAUAUGUGGAGAGAAGGAGAUCCCUCAUGUAAAGAUUGGUCCGGAGGAAACUCCCCGAUUGCCGUACCUGCGCUUUGCCUCUGUCACUCUGUACCCUAGCAACGAGGACCUGAGCCUGGCCAUAGGAGCCAUCUUGCGCUCGUUCAGUUACCCCUCAGCCAGUCUGGUCUGCGCCAAGGCUGAGUGCCUGCUGAGAUUGGAGGAACUGGUCCGCCGCUUUCUCAUCUCUCGGGAGACGCUGUCAAUCAGGAUGCUGGAUGACAACCUGGACCCCACGCCACUGCUGAAGGAGAUCCGUGACGACAAAGUGGCCACCAUCAUCAUUGACGCCAAUGCUUCAGUCUCCUAUCUCAUCCUCAAGAAGGCGUCAGAGCUGGGGAUGACAUCAGCAUUUUACAAGUACAUCCUCACCACCAUGGAUUUCCCACUACUGAGACUGGAUGAUAUAGUGGAUGAGCAGUCCAAUAUAGUGGGUUUCUCCAUGUUUAACACCACCCAUCCCUUCUAUUUGGAGUUCAUCAGGAGCCUCAACCUCUCUUGGAGGGAGGGCUGUGACCUAACGUACCCCGGCCCUGCGCUCUCCUCAGCGCUGAUGUUUGAUGCGGUGCAUGUGGUGGUGGGGGCGGUGAGGGAAUUGAACCGCAGUCAGGAAAUCGGAGUGAAGCCACUCAGCUGCACCUCACCUCAGAUCUGGCAACACGGGACCAGUCUUAUGAACUACCUGCGCAUGGUGGAGUACGAUGGUCUGACAGGGCGUGUGGAGUUCAACAGCAAAGGUCAGAGGACUAACUACACCCUGCGGAUCCUGGAGAAACACAGAGGAGGCCACAAAGAGAUUGGGAUCUGGUACUCCAACAACACCCUGGCAAUGAACUCCACCAGCCUGGAUAUUAAUGUCUCGGAGACGCUGGCAAACAAGACACUCAUUGUCACCACCAUACUGGAGAACCCAUAUGUGAUGCGCAAAGACAACUACCAGGACUUCCAGGGAAAUGACCAGUAUGAGGGCUUCUGUGUCGACAUGCUGAGGGAACUGGCAGACAUCUUGAAAUUCUCCUUCAAGAUCAAGCUGGUGGAUGAUGGGCUGUAUGGGGCUCCAGAGCCCAACGGCUCUUGGACUGGCAUGGUUGGAGAGCUAAUCAACAGGAAAGCUGACCUGGCCGUGGCAGGCUUCACCAUCACAUCGGAGAGAGAGAAAGUUAUCGACUUCUCUAAGCCGUUCAUGACCCUGGGGAUCAGCAUCUUGUACAGAGUUCAACUGGGUCGGAAGCCGGGUUACUUCUCCUUCCUCGAUCCCUUCUCUCCAGCUGUCUGGCUCUUCAUGCUGCUCGCCUACCUGGCUGUCAGCUGUGUGCUCUUCCUGGCUGCAAGGCUGAGCCCCUAUGAGUGGUACAACCCUCACCCGUGUCUGCGAGAGCGCAGGGACAUGUUGGAGAACCAGUACACACUGGGAAACAGCCUGUGGUUCCCUGUUGGAGGCUUCAUGCAGCAGGGAUCGGAAAUAAUGCCCAGAGCCCUAUCCACCAGAUGUGUUAGUGGGGUGUGGUGGGCGUUCACCCUGAUCAUCAUCUCCUCCUACACGGCCAACCUGGCAGCCUUCCUGACCGUUCAGAGGAUGGAGGUUCCCAUUGAGUCUCCGGACGAUUUGGCCGACCAGACCAACAUUGAGUACGGCACCAUCCACGGAGGGAGCACCAUGACGUUCUUCAUGAACUCUCGUUACCAGACAUACCAGCGGAUGUGGAACUACAUGAACUCCAAGCAGCCCAGUGUAUUUGUGAAAAGCACAGAGGAGGGCAUCGCCCGCGUGGUCAACUCCAAGUAUGCCUUCCUGAUGGAGAGCACCAUGAACGAGUACCACCGUGGCCUCAACUGUAAUCUCACACAGAUCGGAGGCCUGCUGGACACCAAGGGCUACGGCAUCGGCAUGCCACUGGGGUCUCCGUUCAGAGAUGAGAUCACGCUGGCCAUCCUCCAGCUGCAGGAGAAUAACAGGCUGGAGAUAUUGAAGAGGAGGUGGUGGGAGGGAGGCCAAUGUCCCAAAGAGGAAGACCACCGUGCCAAGGGUCUGGGCAUGGAGAACAUUGGGGGCAUCUUUGUGGUGCUGAUCUGUGGCCUCAUUAUUGCCGUGUUUGUGGCCAUUAUGGAGUUUGUGUGGUCAACACGCCGCUCGGCAGAGACUGAUGAGGUAUGCCCCCAUACCUGCCCUCGCCGACCCCACAGACACACCCCAGUAGGUUCCCAUGGCAUCCCGCCAACCCUUUCUUCUCACCCAUCUCACUGUGUGUCUCCCUCUAUCUCUCUCUCAAACACACACGUGUCUGUUUGUCGGGAGAUGAUCACAGAGUUCCGAAACGCCGUCUCUUGUAAGAAGAGCUCCCGUAUGCGGCGCCGUCGGCCCCUCAGCAGCGCAGCUGCCCUGCGCCACCCCACACGCAUAGCUCUGGGGGCCCCUCGGCCACUGCGCCUGGUCCGGGAGAUGCGCCUCAGCAACGGCAAGCUCUACAGUGGAGCCGGCCCGCUGACAGGUGGGGCUGGAGGUGGAGGAGGUGGAGCAGGAGGGACGGGGCCUUCCGAGCUGGGGCCUGGGCCACAGCGGAUCCUAGAUGAUCCUCUGGGGGCCAACACCACCCCUCCUCCACCAGCCCCUACCCCUGUGAUGCUGCCUGCCCGCAGCUGCACCCAUGUGAGGAUCUGCCAGGAGUGCCGGAGGAUCCAGAGCCUGAGAUCAAGCAGCAAUUUAGGAUCAACCACGACACGAAUACCACCUUCAUCAGCACCCCUACCCAGGCUACCCCCACCUCCACCCCCAUCCUCAUCCAACACAGACAGUGAAGGUGGAGGGGGGCCCAGCCCAAGGCGGCUACACCACAGCUCUCCACCUCAUACCUCCCGACCCAUUCCACCUCCACAGAACAGCAACACCACAGACCUACUGGGUGACCAGGACUGAGACCAGAAGCAGCGG